CUUCACUACUCUUCCUUUCAACAAUCGUUCAAUAACAUACCUUGAACGCCUCACUCCCUCCCCUUCACACAACAAGUGACAGCAAACCGGGCAACCUUAUAUCCCCUUAUCAUUCCUUAUCACGCGAGCUAUCAGGCGGGCCUCGGCAAAACAAGCGUCAUCAGCUCGCUCCUUCCGGUUCACGCUCAUACGCAUACCCAGCCUGUGAGCUCAGGCCACAGUCACAGGCAUAUCCAAGGAAGAUGAGUGACAACCAUGGAGAGUCGUCCAAACAUGUCCUUGGCAGCCAAACCUCCAUGGUCAACGACCAGAUUAAUAAAGGAAACAACAAUGGCAAAGGAAAGGGCAGUGGCGAGACCUCCCCGGCUGUAGACUUUGGUGCUGGUGUUGUUGCAGGCGUUGCUGGGCUCGUCGUAGGACAGCCUUUUGACCUAGUCAAGUCUCGGUUCCAGUCCCCCAGCUUCAGCGGAAAGUACACGUCUACUUUUGGUGCUCUGAGUGCUAUAUUGAAGGAAGAAAAGUUUAGAGGGCUGUUCAAAGGAGUCAUGUCGCCUAUGGCUGGUAUAGCUUUUAUCAACGGCGUGGUGUUCACAUCAUACUCCUUCUUUAUGAAGCUCCAACUGCCUCCGGGAUCACAGCAAGAGCCCAAUUUGGGUCAAAUAUAUCUGGCGGGUACAGGUAGUGGUGUAGUCGCGUCGUUGCUCACAUGCCCCACCGAAUUGAUCAAGGUAAGUCCCAUCGACUCGAGAGAUCGUUGGUUCAUGUAUUGUUCACAGAUCCGUCAACAAUCUGCACCCCCGAGCCUCAAGUUGACGACAAUAGGCGUGCUUAAGAGCAUCGUCAGACAAGAUGGGAUACGAGGCAUAUUUCGUGGGCUGUCGGCGACGGCAUUGAGAGAUACAGCAUACGGCCCAUACUUUUUCACGUACGAAGCGACACUACGCUUAUUCAGAUGGAUGAAACGCCCUCCUCUGCCGCCGGCUCACCAUGGCCCGACGCAUGAAGGUUACACUUUGAUUGACGAAGCGGAGAUGGAACUGAAGAGUGGUUUGGGAUGGCCAGAACUGAUGGCUGCAGGAGGUGUUGCCGGUGUCCUUGCUUGGCUUGUCACCUUUCCGGUGGACGUAUUCAAGACACGCAUGCAAGGUUUCACAUGGCCAAAUGCCCUCGACCCAAGUCAGCCCAGACCUAGCCCACCGAGCUUCAGGCAUGUCGCUAGGGACGCGUUGAGAAAGGAAGGAUGGAGGGUCAUGUUUGCCGGCCUUGGACCUACAUUGAUCAGGUCCGUCCUCUUCUCUGAACUCGUUGUUACAUUGCUGAUGUAUGGUCGCCUUUCUGCCAUCACAGAGCCGUACCAGUAAGUCCACCAUCUUUCCUGCUGCUUAACAGACUGACGAAUGCUUCUAGACAAACAUGGUGAUCUUUUUGACGUUUGAGGGAUGCGUGUCUGCGCUUUCGUAGCUCGCGCCGUGGGACGAGAGUUGAGAGAGUACUUUGGGAAGGACAUUGGUGGUUGAAAUUCAUGAUCGAUACCCUGCAUCGCAUUUACCACAUCGGUCAUCUAUACUUGUUACAUGAUGACACCCAUGUAGCAGAUAAUGUCAUAUUUUCGUGAGCCCUCGUAGACGCUGAUGCAUAGAUGGCGAGCU